AUGAGUUGUUCGGAAUUUACUUACUUAGAUUUUGAGGAAUGUAAUGUUUUUGAAGAAAAUAGUGAAGAGGAAACAUUCGAAAUUAGUCAAAUUGCCCUAGCAAAUGCUCAAGCUUUAUUAAAUAACAAUGAUGAAAAUGAUGAUAUAGACUGGAACGAGACUAUAAUGUGA